AUGUCGGCAGUUCUUCCUUCCAUCAACAUAGAUGUCAACUAUGCUGACCUGAAGACCAAGAUUCGGUCGUUCAUGACUGAAUAUAAGACUACAACAAAUACUAAUGAUAUGGAACUUGAUGACACUCCAAGAGUCAAAUACAUGGACAUACUGACCAAAGUGGCUAACCGUCAGGAAUCGACCAUUUUUAUAGAGCUAGAUGAUAUCAAGGAUUUUGAGUCUCAGCAAGAUAAUGGAUACGAUGAGCCCACCCAACAGUCUACCGAUUCUAAGAAAAUACCUCUGCUCGAUGAGAUUUGCAAAAACUCUGCCCAUUAUGUUGAAUUGUUCUCACAAAUAGUCGACGAACUUAUGCCUCAACCAACUAUCGAUGUCUCUUACAAAGAUGAAGUUCUGGAUAUUCUUCUUCAACAACGUCGCUUGAGAAACGAAAAAGCUCGUCAGGAACACAUGGCAGAUCCGAACUCUGGUCUACUAGCACCAGAGGCAUCUGAAGAUAUGUUUCCUCCACAGCUCGUGAGAAGAUAUUCACUUUAUUUCAAGCCAUUGACUGAUGUAUACAAAGGAAAUGGAAAGGCACUAUCUGUUAGAGAGAUCAGGGGUCAGCAUUUGGGACAUUUGAUCACAAUUCGAGGUAUUGUCACCAGAGUGUCAGACGUCAAACCAUCUGUCCAAGUCAAUGCAUACACAUGCGAUAAAUGUGGUAAUGAAGUUUUCCAAGAGGUCAAGGCAAAACAAUUUGCUCCUUUGGUUGAGUGCCCCUCUGCAGAAUGUAAAGAAAACGAUUCUAAGGGCCAUCUGUUUAUGUCGAGCAGAGCAUCGAAAUUUCUCCCAUUUCAAGAUGUCCGUAUACAAGAGCUUUCUGAACAAGUUCCCAUUGGUCAUAUUCCACGAUCAUUAAGCUGCCAUCUGAAUGGUGAGUUGGUCCGAACGGUCAAUCCCGGUGAUAUUGUAGAUAUUGCUGGUAUAUUUUUGCCUACCCCUUACACAGGCUUCAAGGCGAUCCGAGCUGGCCUUUUGACUGAUACUUAUUUGGAAGCACAGUAUGUCACUCAGCAUAAGAAACAAUAUGAUCGUCAAGAACUUGACCCUCAAGUUUUGUCGAAAAUUGAACGUCUCCGAGGCGAAGGAAACAUUUAUGAACGCUUGGCCCAAUCUAUCGCUCCUGAGAUCUUCGGUCAUUUGGAUGUUAAAAAGGCACUCCUUCUUCUACUGAUUGGAGGUGUGACAAAGGAGCUUGGAGACGGUAUGAGAAUUCGUGGUGACAUCAACAUCUGCUUGAUGGGAGACCCUGGUGUCGCAAAAUCGCAAUUAUUAAAGUAUAUCACUAAAGUCGCCCCAAGAGGUGUUUACACGACAGGUCGUGGUUCUUCUGGUGUGGGUCUAACGGCCGCUGUGAUGAGAGAUCCAGUUACAGAUGAAAUGGUUCUUGAAGGUGGUGCUCUUGUGUUGGCUGAUAACGGUAUUUGCUGUAUUGAUGAAUUUGACAAAAUGGAUGAUACCGAUAGAACGGCUAUCCAUGAAGUUAUGGAACAACAGACAAUCUCUAUCUCAAAAGCAGGAAUGUCAACAACUUUAAAUGCUCGUACAUCAAUCCUCGCAGCUGCCAAUCCUCUUUAUGGACGUUAUAAUCCCAAACUUUCGCCUGUGGAGAACAUUAAUCUGCCAGCGGCGUUGUUAUCUCGUUUCGAUCUUCUCUUUUUGAUUCUCGAUAAACCUGACAGACAAAACGAUGAGCGAUUAGCAAACCACGUUGCAUAUGUACACAUGCACAGUCAUCAUCCUGCUAUGGAUUUUGAAGCCCUUGAUCCUGCCACUAUUCGUCAAUACAUUGGCUUGGCUCGUCAAUACCGACCCGUGGUCCCUAGUGAGAUCUCCGAUUUUGUAGUAAGUUCGUAUGUUCAAAUGCGUCAAAAGCAAAGCCAAGACCAGAACUCAAAGAAACAGUUUUCACAUGUUACGCCUCGUACUCUAUUAGGUAUUUUGCGUAUGGCACAAGCGCUUGCCAGAUUACGAUUUGACAACAAAGUUAUUGCUAGUGAUGUAGACGAAGCGCUUAGAUUGAGCGAUGCAUGCAAGAAGUCACUUAUGGAUAAUGGUAACAAUGGAGACUUCCUUGACGAAUCUCCCACAUCCAGAAUUUAUAACAUCGUUCGUCAAAUGGCCAACGGUGAUGGCUCAAGGUUUAGAGCAACUUGGCCCAUCAGUGUUAUUAGAGAUCGUGUAAUUGCCAAGGGUUUCACAGAUGACCAAUUGGCAGAGUGCAUCGAAGAGUAUAGCAUGCUCGGCGUAUGGCAAACUCUUGAAAAUGGAACCAAGCUGUCAUUUAUCGGAGAAGACGAUGACAUGCUGGACGACGAAGACGAAUAA